AUGACGCACCCGGUGGCGCGAUUGGUGUUCGACGACGACGGCGUGGAGGUGGUGGACGCGAACGCGGGACGACCGUUGGGGCGCGAUGUCGACGUGGACACCGUCGGUCCGCGCGUGCUCACGAGCGCGAGCGUGGAACCGGUGAAGGGGACGGUGAAACCACCGCUGCGUAAGAUGUUCACGCGCCUGGGCGAUUUCUUCGUCGGUGGGACGCAUAAACGCGACCGCGAGGCGUCGCCGGCGGUGAAGGCGAACCGACGCAAGGCGGGCGACGGAACGCGAGGGGCGGACGCGAGCCGCUCGGCGAGAGAGCUCGCGCAAGCGUUGGAUGAACCGAAAGUGCGAUUGCUCGCGCGAGCGAUCGAUGCUCUGGGGGAGUCCACGUGCCGGGCGUACGCCGAGGAAGCGGUGGCGACGCAACGCAACGGCGGCGAAUUGACGGCGAACGGCGAACGCAAGCGAACGACGGGCGGUAUUUUCUGGUCCAUCGUGCGCGCGAGAGUGGACAAGGAGACGUAUGAUGAAAUCUUCGCCGAGGAGCGCGAGCGUCAGAAGGAGCGCGUCAAGGCGAGACGAGCGCGUCAACGCGCCGCUGAUGGCAAGGAAAACGUUCCGCCCGCCGACUACAAGCCCACGAUGGCGCAGAUUCUCUUCGGGAGCAUUCGCGACGAGCACUUCCUCGCCACUCGCUCACCGUUGAUGCCGCUGGAUCUCAUGACGCCCAAACCGACGCUGAAAUCUUUCUCCAACCAGCGCAACUGGGCCGACGCGUGCGAGGACGAGGACAUGGAGGACGUCGACGUCGACGAGCCCGACGCGCCGAUGAAGCCGUCGCUCGCGAAAUCGGCCCCGACGUUCGCCCAGAUCGCGCGCGUGCGUUGA